AUGCCGAAGCUGAAGCUCCUUAUUAUCGACCUGGAAGGAUACAGCCUCAACGCACCAAAAGAGGCACUCUCGAAUCUUGUCGAUCAAGGUCUGCUCAAAGACAUGUCGGCACAAUUUGUCUCGAAAGAAGCAAGGGAGGGGUCUUCUGGCCUGAAAUAUGGGUAUGCCAACGAGGCGGCAUCUUCAUCGUUUAUCCCGAGUCCGGAGGUCUCUUCAGGUAUGUCUUCCACGUCUGGCAUACGUGCCGAAGUGGAGGAGGCAUUGAAGCAGCACAAUCCGUCGUGGCUCAACUCGGUGCGCCAGAAAGACGAUCACUGGCGGUUGAUCCAUUCGGGUAAGAGCGACUUGAUCAGGAUUUGGAAUGCUAAUCGAAGUCGACGUGCGUCGGACACGGCUGUCGUGGAGCCGACAGAGAUCCGGGUGACCGCAUCUAAAAGCAUCGAUCGGAUCUGCGACAAGGACUUUGUUAAGGACCUGCACCGUCGGACGAAUACAACAGGGGAAAGCCGACCAGGCGAGGUUUCGCCCAAUGAUCCCGGAGUCUGGGCAGAUCCUGAUGUCUUUACACUCGUCGAAGUCAAACCUUGGCUGCCCUACUUCUUGUUUCCCAGACAAGGCUGCUGCUGCUGGACGGGCGAGUUGCCUCGCGACAGCAACGCCAAUCAGCAUCAGACCGACUCCCAGGUUGAGACGCGACGUGUGGUGUAUCCAGCAUUCAUUAUACUUGCGGGACCUGACGACGAGCCUCAUUCGAAGAUAGAGCCGGACGACAAGCCGCAGGCAAAGGGCAAGCGAAAGUCGGAGCGAAUCCAGGCUCGAACGGAGCAAGCGGCAGAGAAGAAGCGGCAACGAGCAGAGUCAAACGCGGCUGAUCAAGCCGGUCGAUCGUCGAGGCCCAGACAGCAGCAAACGUUACUCCACUUCUGGGCUCAAGGCUCACCGAGCCCAUCCAAGGCAUGA